AUGGAGAUGGAUCCCAACCAUAACUAUGCUUUCCUCUACCAACUUCUUCCUCUUGUCAUCAUAAAAACCCUCUUGAUGUUGCCAAAAACCAGGUUCAAAAGGCUACUAAGCUCAAAAGGUGUAAACCACCUUGCAAACCAACAAGAUCUUAACAGACCUCACCUGUCGCAACCACAACCACAACCACAACCCACCACCAUGGUUUCUAAUGUUUUAGGGAUCCCCUCCUUUGAUCCAAUAGAUACUUUGCCCCUUAAUAAGACUUUUCGCAAGAAAAAGCAAUCCACCUGCAGCACAUUAUGCAAUGUUUACUACACCAUCAUCGAUGCUAGUAUUGAUAAAUGCAAGGCUACCAAAAAAUCAAUCUGUAGCAAUGACUUUGGGAAGGCCUCUAGCAAAAAUCAUGAGGAGACCUUUGAACAACAUGAUUCCAUCGUAAAGGGAAAGCGAAGGUUUAGUCUCCUCUCCACGAUACAAGAAAACUAUGAGAAGGAGAAAGAGGCCACCUUAUAA